UGUGUGUGCCCGUCCCUGAAGAGGCCAGAAGAGGAUGUCAGAUCCCCUGAUGCUGUAACUAUAGCUGACUGAUGUAGGUAGUGGAAACGGAACUGAGAUUGUCUAGAAGAUGGAAUUCUGUUAACCACAGCGCCGCCUCUGCAACCCCGAAGCAGUGCCUUUUGAAGACUGUGGACGCACAGUUUUCAAAAUAACAAACUUUGAACAGUCUGACCAGUCCUCAUUCCCGUACUUUUACCUGGCCAGCCUCCUCCUCUGUAGGCUAACGCUGUGAUCUCUUCAUCCGGACGUUUUGUUCCUGAUCAGCAUGUUAAACCCUCUCCCUUCCCUUUCUCUUUCAGAAUUUAUCAGAAUUUCAAGUCAUUGUUCACAUUCUUUUCCUACUCUUAUAUUUUUUUUUUUCCCAAAAGAUUGUGCUCAGGGCCUUGCCAUGCAAGACAAAUUCUACCAUGGAGCUUCAUCCCUAGCCCUCAUGUUUAUUCUGAAGCCGUUUCCAUACCAACCAGUCGGCGCGGAAGGAGGACAACAGCUAAUAUCUGAAAAUCUAAGUUCAUUUCAAGGCAUUCGAAAUGGGGAAAGACUAUUAUUCCAUUUUGGGAAUUGAAAAAGGAGCUACAGAUGAAGAUAUUAAAAAGGCUUACCGAAAACAAGCCCUCAAAUUUCAUCCGGACAAGAACAAAUCCCCUCAAGCAGAGGAGAAAUUUAAAGAGGUCGCAGAAGCUUAUGAAGUAUUGAGUGAUCCUAAAAAGAGAGAGAUAUAUGAUCAGUUUGGGGAAGAAGGGUUGAAAGGAGGAGCAGGAGGUACUGAUGGACAAGGAGGUACCUUCAGGUACACCUUUCAUGGGGAUCCUCAUGCCACAUUUGCAGCCUUUUUUGGAGGCUCCAACCCCUUUGAAAUUUUCUUUGGAAGACGGAUGGGUGGAGGUCGAGAUUCUGAAGAGAUGGAGAUAGAUGGAGAUCCCUUUAGUGCCUUUGGAUUCAGCAUGAAUGGAUAUCCAAGAGACAGGAAUUCUGUGGGACCCUCCCGUCUCAAGCAAGACCCUCCUGUUAUUCAUGAACUUAGAGUAUCUCUUGAAGAAAUAUAUAGUGGCUGCACCAAACGGAUGAAGAUCUCUCGAAAAAGAUUAAACCCUGAUGGAAGGAGUUACAGAUCUGAGGACAAAAUUCUCACCAUCGAGAUUAAAAAAGGGUGGAAAGAAGGCACCAAAAUUACUUUUCCGCGGGAAGGCGACGAAACACCAAACAGUAUCCCAGCAGACAUUGUUUUUAUUAUUAAAGAUAAAGAACAUCCCAAGUUUAAAAGAGAUGGAUCAAAUAUAGUUUAUACCGCUAAAAUCAGUUUACGGGAGGCAUUGUGUGGUUGCUCAAUUAAUGUGCCAACAAUGGAUGGAAGAAACAUACCUAUGUCAAUCAGUGAUAUUGUGAAACCUGGGAUGAGGAGAAGAAUUAUUGGAUAUGGGCUGCCGUUUCCAAAAAACCCUGACCAGCGUGGUGACCUGUUAAUAGAGUUUGAUGUGUCCUUCCCAGAUGUCAUAUCUUCAUCAUCCAAAGAGAUCCUUAGGAAGCAUCUCCCUGCCUCAUAGAAUGAGAAGAACCUUGCUACCCAUAUUUUGAUAAGAUACUGAAAAUAUAAAAUGAAUGGCAGUGGACUGAUGUGCAUUCUGUAUAGAGCUGUGUAAGCGCCUCUGAGGGUUCAUUAAAGUGCAUGGAUAGAGACGGCUCAGAUAGGCAGAGUGGAUUUUUACAGCAGAGCUGAAGAAAAAAAAAAAUCACUCACUGUAUUGUAUUUCAUUCUCCCAAAUCGGAAACUUUUAGUAUUUCAUUUGUAAGUAAAAGCUGGUUUUGUGGUCAGUAGAUAUACCUCUAGUAAAGUACUAGAUCAUCCGAGUACUUUAUUGUGUGUGUCUUUAAAUGAUCAGUGUGAUAGACUUCCUUAGUAGAAAUUAAAAUUCUUACCUGUACAUGUAAUAUGUGGGGGAGAAUAAAAGACAAGGUCACCUUCAGAAAUGCUCCUUCGGGCUGGUACCGGCAGAAGAAAGCACUGAUGCGUGUGGUUCACCAUUGUGACCUCCCGUGUGCUGUCGCAUUUCUUAAGAGCAUGGGUGCAAUGCUCUUAGAGCCUCCCUCUUCAUGAAAAGAAAAUGAAUAACAGUUUAUCUCCUGUGGAAAUCCCAAUAACCUGAGUUACUGAUAUUUUAGCAACUGACCAUUGUUAAGUGGCCACCUGUACUUUUAUGCAACUUUGACUAUAUAUCUUGAACUGAAUACAAUAAGCUCAUUUUGUUUAUUAGUUUAAGAUCAUCUGUUUAAUAACGUUUGUUUUUAGAGAAAAUACUGCUACUUGGCAUUAAUUUUCCAUUUAUAGUCUUCUAUCCUCAUAAUAUGCUAUAUGUACCUUACAUAAUUUCCCUAAGAACAGUGAGCUACCACUAUGUGUUAAACCAAAUGUGCACAGAAUAGACACUACUGCUGCUCACGGGCCGUGUCGCUACGAGUCAUUAUGCAUAUAAACAUCUUACUUUUUCAUGUAUAUAGAUUGUGUUUCUUAGGUGUUUUAAUUUUUUAAAUAUAUUUACAUUUAAAAAUUA